AUGUUGUCUGCCGAUGGUAAACAAAUGGCAAAUCGACGCAACCAACGCAAGUACAGGAAGAAACAACCUUACUCAAGGAGAAUAAUUACCAGGAGUCAGUGCCGUACUUCUCAGGGGUUCUUUGAAAGACUGCCUGCAGAAGUAUUUGAUUUGAUUUUAGACUACCUGACUGUGUCUGAUGUUAGUGUAUUCAGUAUGGUAUCAAAGGCCAUCAGCAACUAUAUUGUGAGCCAUGUAUCUACACUGUCCUGGAAGAAAAAAAUGGUUUUGUGGAAGUUUCACCAAUGCAGCUCUACAAAAGACGAGCUAUCUGCCUUCAGCCAUUACCGAUCUCUAGGUUUGCUGUUCAAGAGGUGCACCCUUUUAUUACCCACGAAAGACAGAUUGAAGUUCAUGAGUAGCAGGUUAUCACAGGUCCCUUGUUUUACCCUGGACCAGUGCACAUCCACAUCUGGUUGCCUGGGAUUUGCUUGUUACGGAAUGUUCCUACAGACCUUAAUAGCUGGAUGGGAUGAACUGGAGUGCCACCGUGUGUUCAACUUUUUGUGUGAAAUCACAAACUUAACCCGAAAGAUUGAGACAGUUGUCACAAGCAAACCAGGAUCCUCCCCCCAUCUGGAGCAGCAGGUCCGCAACUUCUGCAGAAAGGUGCUGCUGGACCCGCGGCAGAGCCGCCAGGACUCCCUCUUUUGGCUCACUUGCAUCCUCAAGCCCUGGCCCAUGGUGAACCAGGCUCGCCUGCUCUUCAUCCUCUAUGGGCCUGUCCAGUCCAAUGGAGAACUUGGGUGGCAAGAUGUGUGUGUUGGAGUUGUGGCUCAGUGCAGCCUGUGGGACCUGGCCAAAGCGAUCAUCUUACUGUACAGCGAUACAAAUGCCAAGGAUUGGACAGCAGACACUGUGCUCGGCAUUGUAGAUGAGAUGGCAGUCUUACCCCAGCCCUGGUACCUGGAGAACAUGGCACGCCUACUCAUCCUGUGUGGAAACAACAUCUGUUACACCGUACUUGCCAGCAAAGCCAUUAACGGAAGACUCUUUGACAUAUCUCAACUCCUUGUUUUCAUUAUCCUGGUGUCUGAGAAGGACGGCUAUUGUAUGAGUUGGUCAGUUAAGAUGAUGCAACAGCUCUGCAAUGUGUUCCCCGGGGCGCCAGAGAAGUGGUCGUUCCUUCAGAGUAUGGAAAACAUGCUGUCGGAGAUCUCCAUGGAGAUGUAUGAGCUCAUUAUGUCAGGCAAUCGCAAUGAGAACCAGGAGACAUUCCAGAACCUCUGCAGCCUUCUCAAUGCCUGUGCCCACUUCCACACGGAGAUCAUGUACAUGUUCCUUAAGCAGGGCUGACACCUAACCCCACCUCAUCUAUUAUGUCCGAGACAUGUAGAGCAGGAUGUGAGGUGUUGUUAUGGCACAUUUCUGUUCUGUAGGAUACUAUUAAUAACUUGGACUCCUCGGUAUGUGCCAUCAGACAAAGUGGAACCAUAAAAUUUACUGUAGCUCUAGGCUUAGGUGAAAAUGAAAGCAAAAUGUUUUUACACAUAGUGUACCCAUCAAGACUUAUAUAUGCUGUGUAUAAAACAUUUGUAAUGAAAUAAUAUGAACAUAUUUAAAUAUGUUCUGUAAUAUGUAUAUUUAUUACACGAAAUGUAUCUAGUUGUACAGAUUUGUUAUUUAUUUGUAAUUUUUUUUCUUUCCAUUAUGCUCAUAUUUUUUACUAUUUAUUGCAUACAUUUUUUCUUCAGCUACAUAU